AUGGAUAGAUUUUGUUUAAUUGAUGUUCUUGAAAAACUGGCAGAAGAAAUUCAAAAUACGGGGUCAUGCGAUUCAUUGCAACAAUCAGUUGACAAAGAAGAAUCAGAAUUCAAAGAGAUAGAACAUAUUCUGGAAAGAGAACGUCAAGCUCAAAAGAAUGAAGAAGGUAUAAAAAUUAUUGAACAAGGCAAAGAAACUAUAGCAUAUUUAAAGGAUCAAGUCCAAUAUAAAGAAUAUGAAGCCGUAGUUCUGUCUGAUCGAAUUGAAAAAGAGAAAGCUCGUCAAAGAGAAGAACAAGAAGAGUUAGAACUAUUCGCAGCUUGUAAAAGGUCAAAUUUGACGUCAAAUCAAAAUCUCUGUGACUACAUAGGUAGUUAUGAACUUUUUAGUUCCACAAACACUUUGGCAGAAAAAACACCGGAGACCAGUUGGCAUCCACAACCAAGUACCUUUUGGUUAAACAAAGAAGAUGAAUCGUUUUCAAUGUCAGAGGAUUUGAAAUACCAUUCGCAUUUACUAGCCUGGGGUUGUCAGCAGGAAAAGUUAGCAAUUACGCUCAUACCACAUCAGUCAAAAGAAAAGCCAUAUGAAAGCCAAGGUACCCAAACCAAGUCUUCUGUGUAUAUAUUUCAACGGCAAUCACCACAAACGCAUUUCUAUGGAUAUGGAUGUACUGUUGUACAAACUGGUUCAAGAUCAUUGGCAGUACUUACCACAAUAUAUAAUAAACGUGUAAACAAAACAAAUACAAGCGCUUCAAAGAAUAUAUCGAUAAUAAACAACACUACUGAGAAUAUAAAAGGGGAAGUGAAUAUGAAUAAAGAUGAAAAUUUCGAGAAUUACCGCGGAUCUUUCAUAACCAAACCAAAACAACUAGGGAUUUGUAAAGAUAUAAAUCAGAAUUUUACUGGCUUCAUUAGUCAAGACAAUUGUUCGCUUUAUAUGAAAAAAGAACGGAUCAUUUCGGAUAUUGAUUUGAUAUGCUUUAGUUCAACUGUUGAUCAUGGUAAUGAAUUAGAAAAUUCGACCUGA